AUGCAUCAAACACUGACCACUGUGAAUAGAAAAUCGAGGUCUCUGUCUUCAGUUACGUCUCAGUCACAGUCACAGUCACAAUCACAAUCACAAUCACAACCACAAUCACAUUCAACCUCCUCGACCUCGGUUCCUUCAAACAAUAAGUCAUCAGUGUUUUCAAAAACAUCAUCAUCACGUAUGCAUUCACAGUCGCAACCAACUUCGUUUCAUCAUCACUAUCACUUGAAUGGAAAGAAUGGAGUCAGUAGCAAUGGAGGUAAUGCCGGACGUGUCGAGUCUGUUGGGGAGAAAAGAGCAUUACCAACACCAACACCAGCAACUUCAACUACAACGACGGUGACCAAUGAUUCAUCGGAAACCCCUGCAGUUGAGCACCACCAUCAUUACCAUCAUCAUCACCAUCAUCAUCCUCAACCAUCGUCAAUCUUUCCUAAUUCAUCCAGUUUACGCGAUAUUUUAUCACUUGUCUUUGUCACAUUAUCAUUACCUCAAACUGUGUCAUUGCUCAUUUGCAUCAUGUAUCUAAUUUUGGGCUCAAAUUUCAUGGGUGGCAAGUUUUUGAUCAAUUUCAUGCUUCCAAGGUCUCAAAGACCCGUGUUCAAAGGUAUCAAAUAUAUACCAUUUUCAGCAACAAAAGUUGCCUUGAUUGAUUCAAUUGUUUAUUUGACAUUGGUAAAGUUUAUCAAGAAAAAGAGUUAUUUCAAUUAUUUGAUUAUGUUGUCGAAAUCAAUAGUUUCAAGCGAGUUGAUUGGUGCAUCAUCGAUAUACUAUAUCAAUUCAAUUUCAAACAAAAAAAUCACUAGCAAGAUUCAGUAUGAUGACAGAAGACGAACUUUUUUCAACAAUAGCUUAAUGAAUGCAAUUUUUUGCUUUGUAAUUAUCAAUUAUAUCAACUACUUGUUGAACUGGUUUCAAUUUGCAUCAGUAUCGAUUAAUCCAACAACAACUACAUCAAACAACACUAGCACCGCCGCCAUUUUAGCCACAGCCACUACUACAACUUCAUCGCCAUUGACAUUGUCAUCCUUAAAAUCGUUUAAUAAUCUUGCAUCGAAAAUUAUUCCAAUUAAUAUUUCAUACAUUAACAAUUUGAAUUUCAAUGAGUACAAGAUUCAGCUAUAUUUAUUCCUAUCCAUUCAUAUCAUCAAUCGUGCUUUUUUUGUCAAAAAGUCAACAAUUGUUCAAAAUUCAAUACCCAGUGUCAAUGAAGAGAUAUCUGUUAAUGUGGAUGAGAAUAGAUUGAUGAAUAUUGAAGUUGAUUUAAGUCAAGCAUCAUCCUCAAAGAAUAAUUGGAAUGCCAUUGCUUAUAAAAACUUUGAAAAUUUUGUCGUUUCUCCAUUCAAUAGCAAGUUGACAAAUUUGAAAAAUAGAAUGAGAGCAACAUCAUUAUCGAGACCUCGUGUGGGAUCUUCUGCUGUGUCCAAUUUGAGUCCAUAUGCUUUGGGAGCAGCGUCUACAAGUACUGUCAAGUCGAUGUCUGGAUCGGUGACAUCUACUGCUGCAGCUGCAUCAUCAUCGUCGUCUACCACAUCGGCAAUUGCAGCACCUACAACCGUUGCGUCAACGUCUUCUUCGUCACCAACAUCUGUCACCACUUUAUCAAAACAGACUCCAGUGUCCAAAUCAUUGACUACAACGACAAUAUCACCCAAUGUUACUGUUGUUGAGAAUACAAUCAUUAUUCAGCCAUUUUGGUCAAUUGUAGCUGCAUGCAAAGCCAUUUUGAAAAACCCCAACUUGUUCAACGGAGAACCAACGAGAAAGAAUAAUGAGAAUGGGGCUGUCGCUUGUAGCGAUGUUGACAGUAAGGAGUUGCCGAUUGCCGUUGUUGCCAUUGAUUCUAGUAAAGUUGUUUUGAAAUUGUUAUUCAAUGACACUGUUUCCAACUUGAAAAUCAAAUUAAACAAUGUCGAUUGGUCAUACUUUAAAUUUGGUCAAGAAUCGUGCACACGUUAUGUUACAAUUUAUGGAUUAACGCCAUUGUUUCAAUAUGAAGUGGAGAUUUUAGACAAUGAUGUAUUGCUCAAUCAUUUCUUGGUCAACACUACCAACGGCAAGGAUGAAAUUAUCAACAAAUCCAGUGGAGAAACAUCCUCACUUGUCACAUUGCAAACUUCAUUGACUUCAACAAUGACAAACUUGAACGAUUUAAAACUCAAAUUGAAAAAGUUCAAAAAAGAUGAAAACAAAAAAGUUUCCGAUUUGAAAAAUUCCAUUGAAUUAGUCAAGAAUAAAAUCUCCAAGUACAACAAUGCCAAACCAGUGAAUGAGAAUCGUGUACAUGGUAAGAUUCAAGGAUUGAAGCAUCUUGUAUUGCAAUUGGAGAACGAAAUCGAUUGUAUUCAAUCGGAAAUUGAUAGUUUGACUCAAGAAGAGAAACAGCUCCAACAACAACUGAAAUCAAAACAAGAUGCUCAAGUACAAGAGAUCAACUCAUUGGAAAUGGAAUAUGCUCAAUACGAAUCUCGUUUAAAAGGGUAUAAAUUCAAUUUGACUAAAUUGCAACAAGAACAAGCUAAUUUAUCAACAAAGAUUCAAAAAUUGGCUCUGCGUUAUGAAUCAAAACAAGAAGAAUUGAAGCUGAUUCAAUUGGAAUUGAAGAACUUAAAACGGGGAGAAAUUUUGAACAAGUUUGCUAAACGGAUUAAAAAAACCAAUGAGAAGUUUGAUACAAUCAUUCCUCGUAUUUUGCACGAAACUGAAUUGUUGAGACAAGAAUUGAUUGAAUUUGAUGAAUGA